AUGAUUUUGAACCUGGAUUCUCUAAAGCUGGCUGGUUCAAUCCCACCUUCAAUUGGAAAUCUCACUUACCUCACCAGAAUCAACCUGGUAAACAUCAGCUUUCGCGGAAAAAUUCCUCAAGAAAUCGGUCGCCUUGUGCAUCUGCAGCAUUUCGAUUUGACAUACAAUUACAUUGGAGGGAAGAUUCCUACAACUGUAACUCACUGUAAAGAGCUAACAACUUUUCAUGUGCAUAACAACAAGCUUAUUGGGUCAGUUCCUGUCCAAGUGAGUUCAUUGUCAAAGCUGGUUAUAUUUAAUAUUGGUGGAAACAAUUUCAGUGGAACAAUCCCAGCUUGGAUAGGGAAUUUCUCUUCUCUGUAUGAUUUAACUCUUGGAAAAAAUAAAUUUCAAAGAAGCAUACCUAAAGAACUAGUUGCUAUGAACAAGCUGCAUGGAAAUCUACCACCAGAUAUUGGCAUUACUAUGCCUAAUCUUGAAAUAUUUGCGGGUGGAGUUAAUAGAUUUAUAGGCCAUAUUCCUAAAUCAUUGUCAAAUAGUUCUAAACUUGAGGUGCUUGAUUUUAUUGAAAAUUAUCUCAAUGGGACACUGCUUGAGAAUGUAGGUAGCUUGCAAAACUUAUACAGACUCAAAUUUGAUAAUAAUAUUCUUGGAAAUGGAAAAUCCUAUGGCCUUUAUUUUCUAAGUUCAUUGGCUAAUUGUUCCGUUUUGGAGGUGUUGGGUCUGGCCUAUGAUAAUUUUGGAGGAAAACUUCCUGAAUCCAUAGCUAACAUUUCAUCUUAUAUGAGUAGAUUAACUCUUGAGGGGGAUUUCUUACACGGAAGUAUUCCAAACGGGAUUGGAAACCUAGUCACCUUGACCAUUCUUCGAUUGGAAUAUAACCACUUAGGAGGUACUAUCCCUGAAGUAAUAGAGAAGUUUCACGAGUUACAAGGACUUGAGUUGGAAGGAAAUAUGUUUUCUGGGUCAAUACCCUUUUCCUUGGGUAACUUAACUUCAUUGAGCGUUCUCUUUUUGGAGGAGAACAAAUUUGAGGGAAGCAUACCUCAAAGUCUUGGAAACUGA